CUGCGUAUUUGGGUACUCCACCGGAAGUAGCUUAAUUAAUUAGGCAGAUGUUUAAAAACGAAAGUAGCGUGAUGGAGUUUGUUGUUGCUAUUGUAGUUUCAUUAUAUUUGUUAGGUGGUGUCGAUUGUCAUCGUUUCGAUGGUGAAUACACCAAAGAAAAAUAUUGCCCAGUAUCAGUGAACCAUGGAGACUGGGAAAUUGAUUAUGAUGAUGGAUACCGCUGCAUUCUGAGAUGUGACAAGGGGUUUGAACCAUCUGACUGCCAUGUCAUUAGAAGAGGUAAAGACGGUCGCUGGGCGAGGAAUAUUCCAACAUGUGUUGAACCACCGAUGGUAUCUGGUAAGACACUUGUUGCAGUCGGUGCAGGAAUAGGAGCAGUGGUAGCAGCACCAUAUGCCUUGGCAGCCGCCGGGUUCACUGGAGCCGGUGUUGCCGCCUGCUCCCUUGCAUCUUGGCUUCAGGGUUCUGCGACAGCAGCAGGGAGUGUGUUUGCUGUGAGUCAGAGUGCUGGGGCAGCAGGGUUCGCAGCCACCACACAAGCUGGUAUCUUUGGCGCCAUCUCAUCAACUACAAGAUAUGCUGCAGAGCUAUUGUCUGGAUGUGAAGAGGAAUAAAAAGUGACAUUUGCAGAUCUGUUUCUUUCCCUCCUUUUUUUGUUUAUUUUCUCAUUUGCGUGUAUUAAUUUUACUUUAGGUCUAUUUUUUCUCCUUUGUUUUGCGCCCACCCUGACACUACGAGUAUAACAUUAUAAUCUUUGGUUUUCCUAUAUUCUUAUUAUAACUAGAUUAACAUAGUUAUCUGUGAUGACUAAUACGACGUUGUGAUGAUUUCGCUUGACCAGAGUUGAGAAAUGUUUUUUGUUGAACAUUAUAAUCAUUUGUAGUUUUAAUUCUUUUUUUUGUGCCUUUUGUCCUUGACAACGAUGAUGUGUUUUUGUUUUAGCAUAUUAUUUUGAUUAUGAUUUAUUAUUAUUGUAUAUUAUUUCAGUAGCAAAAGAAAGUGUGCACUUGGUCAUUUUGGAAAUUCUGUAUAAACAUGCAUGAGCACAAUAGCAAAUUAAAUUUGGUAUCAAAAAUGUAUUCAUCAUACAAUGGUUAAUUUGUAUUUGUUUGUUUGUUUCAUUUUACGCCUUUCCCAACAGUAUUUCAGUCAUAUAAGCGGGUGGUUUCCUAACCAUAGUUCCUGGAGAGUUACACCAGUACUAGACUGCCUUCCUCCGUGCUAUACUACAAAAGCAUCUCCCGGGGAUCGAGCCCACGCCAGAGAGGUAACUGGAUUAGAAGUCACCGACUCUAACCCCUCGACCACGGAGGCAGUAAAUUUGUAUUUAAGAUUUGAUUAUUGUAAGAUUUUUGUUAAUAAUAAUUCGUGUUAUUAGCGGAAAGAUGAAAAAUGAAAGUUUCUUAAUUAAUCUUUUUUGUCCCCAAGCUUACGUGACAGUACCUGUUGUGUUAAUCUCAUUAUUAUAUGGAUCAACGAAAGUGGAGUUGUGUUUGAAUGAUGUUUCAUUAAUUAAAAAAAUCAAUUAUUAAUUAGCAAAAACGUAUUUACAAAAGAAACAAUUUUGCAACUUUCAUUGUAAAGUUCUGAUAAUAUGUAAUGAAAUUUAAAUGUUAGCUGUAGUGUAGUCAAUCACGGCUUGUAAUUUAAGCCGUGAGUGGUUACAUUUGUGUUUUUUUUUAUACCAAAUAUCUCAAUACAUUUCUUAAAUAAAAUAAGUUUACAAGAUUUCACUGUAACCAAGUGCACUCUUUUUUGCAACUCUGGAGAGUAUAUAUAUAAAGUCGUGAGAAUAGGGACUGUUCGUAUUUGAUCGAGAAAAUGGAAAAUGACAGAGUCCAAACUACCCCUUAUUCCGUAUCUAAUAUCAGCCAGGGUGUCUCGUAUUUUCGUGGAACAUGCUUAAACUUAAACAGCAGUUGAUAAAAACCCUAUUUUUCUUAAAUAUCAAUAUAUCUAGAAUGAUGUGUUUAUAUUUCUAUUUUAAUUUUAAUCAUACUAUAUUUUACGUUCAUUUGAAUCAUAAAGUACAUGUACAUAUCGAUCAGCCUUCAGCAAUAAAUCGGAUUCCCAGAUAAUACGAGAAAGUACCUAGUUUAAUCAUCAAGAGGUUGAUAUA